AUGACUUCGAACAAGGAGGCAGAGGCGAAUUCGUCAUCAAUCUCAUCCCAGGAUUCCAACAAAGCAGAUGAGAGCUAUGAUUUUUACAAACAGAAUCAAGGUCUUGAAUACACACCAGAAGAGGCCAAAAAGGUCUUGCGCAAGAUCGACCUUGUACUGAUCCCGCUGCUGUUCCUAAUUUACAUGCUCCAGUAUUUGGACAAGAACAGCAUAAACUUUGCAUCUGUCUAUGGCUUGAAGGCAGGAACUCAUCUUCAUGGGCAACAGUACUCCUGGCUGAGCUCUAUUUUCUAUUUCGGAUAUCUCAUUGCGCAAUGGCCUGCUGGACUAGCAAUGCAGAAACUCCCAGUUGGCAAAUACAUGGCAGUCACUACAUUAGUGUGGGGCGGCCUGCUUAUGACAACCCCUGCUUGCCAUAAUUUUGCAGGAAUUGCGAUCAACCGUUUCCUGCUGGGAGUGGUCGAGGCAGUUGUUACCCCCGGAUUCGUUCUUAUGAUGGGCAUGUGGUACACGGCUGAAGAGCAGCCUCUUCGCCUCGAAGCAUGGUACUGCACAAAUGGUAUUGCGACCAUGUUCGGAGGUUUGAUUGGAUAUGCGGUUGGACACAUCACGACCGGUCUUCCGCGAUGGAUGUACGUCUUCUUGAUCUUUGGAGCAUUCUCGGUGGCAGUUGGUGUCGCAGCCUUAAUCCUCCUACCCGAUCUUCCGUCAACAGCCAAGUUCCUUACUCCGCGCGAGAGAGCUAUCGCCGUGGAUCGUGUUGCCAUCAACCGACAGGGCGUGAAGAGCAGCCAGUUCAAAUGGUAUCAAGUCAGGCAGGCAGCAGUUGAUCCCAAGACCUGGCUUUUGUUCAUCAUGGCUAUCGGUGCACAAGUACCUAACUCCGCCUUGACUAGUUUUACAUCUAUCAUCGUUGGAACCUUUGGAUUUGAUACACUCGGAACACAGUAUCUUCAAAUCCCUGGUGGUGCCGUGCAGUUCCUGACUCUGCUCCUGGGUGGCUGGAUUGCAACCAAAUUUAACGGAAAGUUCCAUUCGCGCUUUGCGUGUAUGAUCUUUGCCUGUACUGUCUGCAUUCUUGGUGCAGGUCUCCUAGUGGGACUGCCUGAUGACAACAAAUGGGGUCGUCUCGUUGCGCUAUGGCUCUGUUACUUCCAGGGACUGGGAUUCAGCAUGAGUUUGAUCAUUGUCAGCUCAAACAUUGCCGGAUACACCAAGAAGCAGGUGACCAGUGCUCUCUUAUUCACUGGCUAUUGCGUUGGAAACAUCAUUGGUCCUCAGACUUUCAAACAAAGUGAGGCACCUGGAUACCACAGCGCUUAUAUUGCGAUGCUUGUUGGGUAUGUGGUCAAGCUGCUUUGUAUUAUCGCAUUGUAUGCCUACAUGUAUCUUGAGAACAAGCGCCGAGACCGUCAAGCCAUAGAUGAACAAGAGGUCGAGACAGACGGAGUGGAGAGUGGAAUGCUGGACAAAACUGAACUCGAGAACAAGGGCUUUAGAUAUGUUCUCUAG